UACUCCAGUUGGUGCCACACCAAUCGCUGCCAAAGCUCCUGCAGCUGCUGUCUUGCCGGCGGAGGCAGGUCUGGGUGCCGACAUGGCGGCCAUGAAUGAGCUGGCGGCGAUCAAGACUCGAGUGGUGUGGAUGUUGUCAAGCGACAACUAUGCCACCGCCCAAGACCAUGGGCUGGACCGGCAGUCCUUGAACAUCGCCCUCCCGCCGACGCCCAGAACACCUGGAGAGUUCAUGCAGCGGCAGAUCGCGGAGUUCGCCCAGUGGGAGGCGUUAUACGCCUUCCACACUCCCGAGCUCGCGAUCUAUGCCAGGUAUGUUCAGUCAGCGACGACCGUUCCCUGA